GUCUGACCAAACCGCAUCGGCUCCAACCAGUCCGCUUCGACAUCUGCACCUCGACCUCGAGGUCCACCACCACCACCUCGACCUCCACGACCUGGGUGAACCAAACCAUGGAGGAUGAGGAGAAGGACUGUCAAUGCAGCUGUGUCAGGAGCUCAGCAGAGGUGGAAGCCGAGAUCGGCACGCCGAUUGGAAACCAUCGCUGGGCUUUGAAGAUGCGCGCGUGCGACAGCGAGGCCGCCUGGGACAGUGGUGCAGACCUUUUGGUGGAUCCGUUCACCGGCGAGUCCGCGUGGACCAUGGUGGCCGCCGUCGCCGAAGGUGGCAUCACGACCUUCUACACCUCGGAGCCUCUGAAACCGGAAAUCGUGGAGUACCGGCAACUCUUCAAUUGCAGUUCUCCGGGGUGUCAGACCACCGUGAUCUUUCGGGAUAUCCCUCGUCAUCCUUCGCGAACCUGCGCUUUGGACGUCGAUGUUUGGAUCACGGACUUCGUGAACGAUGAGCACCACAGCAAUCCAGAAGUGGUAGACCUGAUCCGUGUCCGUGGCGGCGCUCCAGUGAACUCCCGGGAGAUCCGCCGGAACUGUCACCCGGACGGCGCCAACGAGCCCAAUCGGCUCUACAAGUGCGUGCACAAAGAGAAUCUCGAUGAGUGGAUUCUGAGCACCAGCGCUGAUCGUGCCCUGCGCGUGGACGUGUCGAUCACCCCGUGGGUCGACGCGUAUCCCAAAGACGGCAAGUACCUCACUGGCAUCGCCACCGUGUCCUGUGCACUGGUGGAGCUCCCCGAGCGGAAUCUGCCCAAGUCUGGCAGCAUCCACGCCGUGGGCUCCGUGAAGAGGAGCUGUGAGGGCUCCACCCUGACGGCGAUCGGGGGCGCCGUGGGCGCGACGGCGGACGGGAUGGCACCCAGCAUGUAUUUGGGACAGGCUUGGGCCUUUUCACGGAUGCUAAGCAAAGAGGAGUUGAUGGCCUUGCAUUUGGGCACCAGGACCCGUUAUCAUCGAGACUAUCAAAUUCCUGUGCAGAGCACCGAGAUCGUCAAUCCCGGCGUCGAAGUCGUGGUGUCAGGGUUCAUGCAGUGUGAGUUCCCCGGGUGCAGUGCCUCGGUGACCUUGACCGGUUUGCCGACCAACGGCGACGCGCGGUGCUUCUUCACCUACGGCGUGGCCAUUACCGACUUCAGUGGCCCCGAGGAGGUCGUCGAAUACAUCAGGAUCGAUGAGCAUACAGUGGUGGAGCGAUGUUGGCCUCAAGCCGAUGGCAAUCCAGACACCUUUUACCUUUGCGCGGACAAGUUGGACGUCUCCCAGUCGGUGCUACGAAGUUCCUUCUUGAGAGAUGGUGAGGUGGUCAUAACGGCCAAGCUUUCAGAGGACGUGGACAUCUUGGAUUUCCGCUACCAAAAUCGCUUCAUGCUCCAUGCAGAGGCGACCCUCCAAUGCCUCGGUGGAGCGGACAAAGAACUCCAACAAACCGUGCUCGUCCAGCCCUCGGUGACGCAUAUCUUGGCCACGCCGGUCAACGCACAAGGCUCGGGGCCCUACGCGUCGACGGCCUUCUUCGACACGUCCAACGGCUUCGUUGUUCCACCCAACAUUGGCCAAGCAUCCAGCGCCGCGCUGCAGGUGAAUGUGGAGGGCGUGACCAACGGACAGUUCUGGGCCUUUGUCGUCUAUCGGCACCUCGAGGGGGUGACGAAAGAGGAGAUCUACACCGGCGCCUAUACAUCGGUGUCUCUCUGCGAAGCUCCGCAAAGGGCAAUUGGAAAGCCCACCCUGCAGGACUUCAACGCUGAUCCCUUCUUGGUGCAGUGUGAGUUUGAGCCUGGUAUUGCAUACACGCUUCUGGGCACCCGUUUUGGUGAGAUUGCUCGCGUGCCCUUCAUCGGAGCCAUGCCCGACACCCCCACGACGCUGCCACUGCUGAGGGCGCGAGGUUUGGCCUUCGAAGAUACCAAUCCCUUGGCGGCCAAGGUCUAUGGCACUUUGACCAUCACAUCUGCUGCAUCUGAAGCGAAUGCCACCGGAGCAUAUGAGUACUCGGUGCUGGUCAAUACCCAGCUCCUACCAGGCGCCAACACCUUCUUGGUCUUCUGCAAGAAUUCCUAUGGCGAGGCCACGGUGAGCCGCCGCCUGGGCAUCCUGGACAUCUCGAUGAUUCUCCUCGAGGAUCCCUUGAUCGCGCUGCAGUACAUCAAUGGCAAUACCUAUUUGGAGGCAUGUUGCGUGCCACUGCGUGCCACUGCGCCUACCCAGUUAGUAGGCCUUGAAGCUUUUUGGGGGGGAUUGGGGACAGACAAAUUAGAUCUAAACGAGAAACAGGAGACCAUCACGACACGUCACGAAACGGACGACUCGCAGCAGCUACAGUUGACCUCUGCAUCGGGAUCGAUCGAUCGCAACGGCGGUCGAAGGGAGAGAGGGGAGCACGGUGGCUUCGGUGGUGGCCGGUGGUUCACUGCUGGGCCGGUAAAAGGAAACCAGACCCCUUCGGUGCCUUAG